UGAUUCUCCUAUAUCAUCCUAUAUCAUUCAUUGUAAUAUGUCAGAGCCUAUGGGAGCCUAAGGCAGCAACCACGUGACCUGACCACAACACCAAGGAAUCUCUGUAUGAUAGAUUUAGACCUUAAGACAAUCAAUCCCAUUUACACGUGAGCUACACCAGCUCCAUCAAUAUAUGCUUGGCGCGUAGUUAUCCACUCAUAGGUUCUCAUCAUAGUUUCAACGCCAUAUACACAUUACCCUUGGAAGACUUGCGACAUAUAUGUCUUUUUGUAUGUGUUGUGAUCUCAGGGGAAAGAUGGGCAGGAUGAGGAUGUAUCAGCUACACGUACGUAGCCUACUGAGGACCGGAUGCCAUUCCGAUAGGUGCUCAAUUCUAUGGACGACUGUAUCAACUAUCUUGAGCGCUUCUUCCCUUCUACUAAUGGGUAAAGCCUUCAGGGGCACAAGAGUUGGUGAUCCGGCCAAGCCGCUAGGUGAUCACGUGUCUCGUAUAGAUUCAUAUCAGUAUGAACUUCAAGUACUGGAUGUACACACAUCUCAACUUCAAGCCGUGAAAGCCAACGUGGUCCAGUUGAGAGAUUACUCGACGCAAGUUCUGUCUUCCUUAAAUCCGGCGAGCUGGAUGUAUGCUCAGGUAGCCAUACCAUUGCUCUAUCAAAGGCUCACCAUCCCUUUUCGGGAUAAAGCUUAUUUUAAAAGCGUUGUGUCAAAUAUAACCGAGAUUGGUCUUGGGCGGAAUUAUCUCAAAUAGGGUCGCCGGCUUGAACUAGUGUGUGUGGUGACACCGUGGCAUCCUAGCCAGAAAGCAGAGACUCUACGGACGAGCAGAUAUUUUACCCUAAGUCUUCAGCAUUUGGAGCCCAAACUCGCUGUGGCUCUUUUCUGCAACAGCACCUACCAUCGGUCCAUGUCCCAGGACUCAGACCUCCAACUUACCGCCC